CUUGCUCAUUCAAGUAAAAACACUUUCUCUUCCUAAUCUGUCGCGCCUCCACUACCAAUUGAUAAAAGUAUUAUAAAGAGAGCGAAGACGACAGCCAUGGAAGAUAUACCUCUGGAAGAUGAGCCCUUUGGGCCUUUUGACGAUUACGAUGACAACUUUGACGAUCAUUUCAUGCAACAGGUUGCUGCGAGAGAAACUAAUGUGCAACAUGAGGCAAUUGGUACAGAGUCAAUAUCAACAGCGGCAGGAUCAACGGUAACGAAAGUUGGAGUAGCCUCCCCAAACUCACAUCCUUCCUCCUUUUCGUCUUCCAACGUGGAUAAGUCUCCAAGUAACGACCAUGAUUCUGAAUCUUUACCACAGCAAACCGACUUUUUGGGUAUGUUGCAGACUCAGAAACGACAGGCUGAACGAGAGGCCCAGCAGCAACAACAACAUCGACAACAGCAAUAUCAACAGCAAGAACGCAGUCAAGGACGACGUGAUGGCCGUGGCGGCGGUCGAGCUAAUGGAUUUACAGGCGGUGAUGCUGGUGAUUUGGCCACUGUAAGCGUUACUAAGAAGAGGGCUAGACCGGUCAGACUAGAUCACGAAAGGUUGUUGAGUGAAAAAGGCUUCCCGAUGCUGUUGAACCAUGCUAAGAGAUUCAAGAUUCGAACUAAUUAUAAGGAUGCUGCUGAAAAAGACAAUAAUGCUAUGAAAAACCUUGAGGACUUGAUGCGCGUGUAUCAAAUGUGGGCCCAUAACUUGUUCCCAAAGGCGACGUUUAGAGAUUUUAUCAUUACGGCGGAAGCAAGAUGUAAAUCGGAGAAAAUAAUGAAAGCGACAAUGGAUGGUUGGCGUGAUGCAUACUGGAACAAACGAUUUGAGGAAUCAACGGCAAAAGAGGACGCGGAAUAUGCAGAGCAAAGAGCACAGACAAGUCGGGAGAGUGUUUGGAAUGAACACGAGAUGGAAAUGGCAAAAUCUGCAUCCAUGCAGGACAUGGACCGGGAUCCUUUAUCAUCGAUAAGCGAAAUUGACAAAAGAUCUCGGGAUAAUGAGACUUCUACCUCUUCAUCCCAUCUAAAAUCAGUACAGAUGCAGAAACAGCCGCGGCCGAGGCCGAUAACCUCUCAAAAGGGGAAGGGAAAGGCUACUGACGAUGUGUCAGCGGCGAUGCAUCUGACUGUGUCUGAUGAUGGAAGCGAAAUUGAGGAUGGUUACGAAGAAGCGUUACAGAGGAUGAGGAUUUCCAUGGACUCGGGUCUUCAAAACAGCUCAAAUGAUUACAACGUAUCUGCAGGGUCAUCGAGUAGGCGCAGUUAUUUGGGCAAUCGAGAAGCAACUGCGCAGAAAGAAGGGGCUGGGCAAGCGCCUAGGCAUGAUUUUGAAGGAAAUGAGGAUGAAGGAGAUGAAGAUGAGGAAGAUGAGCCACUAUUUACACACCGUGCAUUGCGCAUGAUGGGAAGCUCUAUCAGUAAUGAUAUUCUUGGCAAGGAUGUACCCUCCCACACCAUUACUACGCCGAAAGAUGGGACUCAAAUGAAUCAUGCAUCCUCGGAAAAGUCAAUAAAACCACCUCCCAUAGAAGAUAGCAUGAAUAGUAUUUCGAAUCCGGCUCAAGCUUUGGUCCAGUCAGACCCUGUACUAGCCAAAGAUUUCGAUUUUGAUGCAACAUUACCACUUCCUCUUCCUGAUGGCAACAGUCCGAGUAUGGGUAUCAGAAUUAACAGACUGGGCCGGUUAGAAGAUGGGGAUGAGGAUGAAGAUGAAGAGGAUACACUAGCACUGCGGAAACCAGUAAAGGGUAGACGUGCCAUCAUGCUAGAUGACUCUGAUGAUGAAUAGGCC